GUUUUUCAACCUAGAAAUAAAGUGUUUCAUUGAAACUUUUUUUUGACCGACAUAACAAUGACUUGUAAACAAAAGUUACCCCACUAUAUGUCUUCUCUUAAGAAAAUUCUGAUCAGUUCCCUUUUGUUUUUACAGAACUUGAUCUCACCACAUCAUGCUUGUUUCACCCUUAUCAUCUCUUUGCUCAAACCAAUAUUCAUCUUAUUCUCCAGUGCUUCAAGAGGUUCACCUGUUGGAACCGACAUAUCAAAGUUUCGGUUCUUGUCAGAACUUGAAGGAUCAGACGAAGCGAAGAUGAUCGAAGAAGAAGAAGAAGGGAUCAGUGAACUGUCGAAAUUGGUUUUCAAAUUCGAGUUUCAGACGGAAACUUUCGAGAAGUUAAGCAGAGGAGGUUACAGAUCGUUAAGUGAGGACUACGGUGAGAGCAAUAUUUUGUCUACUUCUCCGGCGGUUUCCACGGCGGCGAAGAAAUACGAGUCUCCGUCUCUGGUGAAGAAUCUCAGUUUCGUUGUGGAAAACCCAAAGUCGGCGACUUUUAGGAUUGAAGAGUGUUUGAAGAACCGAGAAAAAACAGAGGAUUUCUCCGGCGGUUCCGGUGAGAGUUUGAGCAGGGUUUUAGGCUCUUCUUCUACUUCUCCGGUCAUUCCAACGGCGGAUAGUAAGUACGGAUCACCAUCUCCGGCGAAGAAUCUCAUUUACGUUCUCGAAAACCCAAAGGCGGCGACAUUCACGGUUGAAAAAACAGAGGAUCACUCUGUUUCUUCCACCGUUGGCAAGAAAGAGAACUCCGAGAUACUCCGAUUCUUAACCGAGGAAGAUUUUAUGGAAUCGGAUUCUGAUUUCGUUGACUCGAGUCAAACAUUCACAAGCAACGAAGAUGGGUUUUUGUCAGAUUCCGACUUCGGCGAAACAUCACCACCCGAGGAGAAAGGGCAAAAUCGUAAAACCGCCAAUUCUUCAGGUUCUAGUUCUGACUCGGAGGAAGAAGAGGACGAAGAAGGGUUCGAGAGUUUAUGGGAGCAUCAAAAUUUGAUAGAGCAACUCAAGAUGGAGAUGAAGAAAGUCAAAGCGAUUGGUGGGCUUCAGACAAUUCUUGAAGAGGAAGAAGAAGAUGAUUGUCCUAAGAUCAUGGAGGAGUUAAAGCCAUGGAGGAUCGAAGACGAGAAGAGGUCUAAACAUGUUGAUACCAUUGGAGAAGUUCAUAAGUUCCAUCGAAGCUACAGAGAAAGAAUGAGAAAACUCGAUAUCUUGAGUUUUCAAAAGUCCUUUGCUCUUGGGCUUCUUCAAUCAACGAACCCCUCGACCGUUGGAUCUUCUCCCUCCCAGGCGUCGUUUUCAUCAGUUUUCAAUCUCCGGUUAUGGAAACUGAAGAAACCGGAAACCGAACCAUUGGUUCAAUUCAGAAAAGAGACUCAUGGAGAAUUAGAGAACGUAUACGUUGGUCACAUGUGUUUGUCGUGGGAAAUUCUUCACUGGCAAUACGAGAAGGCCAUUAAAUUGCUGGAAUCCGACGUGUACGGUUCUCGUCGGUACAACGAAGUCGCCGGAGAGUUUCAACAGUUUCAGGUUUUGCUUCAGAGGUUUCUUGAAAACGAGCCGUUUGAAGAGCCUAGAGUGCAACACUACAUCAAGAAACGUCGUGUUCUUCGUAACCUACUUCAAGUCCCGGUUAUUCGAGAAGAUGGAAGCAAGGACAAGAGGAAGGAAAAAAGAAGAGAUUACGAGGAAAGUGAUGACGGUGCGAUUAAAAGUGAACAACUUGUGGAGAUUAUGGAGGAAACCAUUCGUUUAUUCUGGCGGUUUGUACGUUUUGAUAAGUUAACUAGCUCCAUUCAUGAUCAUAAAUCUAGAACCAAGUCACAGAUAGAGCCAGAUCAUGAAGAAAACUCAGAAGAUCUAGAGUUGUUCGCAGAUGUUAAAGCAGAGCUUCAAAAUAAGGAGAAAAGGUUGAAAGAUGUGUUGAAGAGCGAGAGAUGUAUCAUAAGAAGAUUCAAAAAGCAUAAGGAAGAGGAUUCAACAGAAGAACAAGUGCUUCAUUUCUUCUCACAAGUGGACAUGAAACUUGUGACAAGGGUGUUGAACAUGUCCAAGCUGACCAAGGAUCACUUGGUUUGGUGUCAUAAUAAGUUGACCAAGAUUAGCUUUGUAAAUAGAAGGUUACAUUUGGAUCCUUCCUUUUGUCUCUUCCCUUGUUGAGAUUUUUGUAUUGACUUGUAGAUUUUAUUAUGCAAUGAUGCCUAACUAGAUCCGUCUUGAAGCAGAGUAUUUGUAUAUGAACUUAAAAAGCAAAUGAAUAAAGAGGACGUUUACAACU